AUGUUGAUCACUCUAGAAUGCGUUAUACUUGCGCUACAGGCAGUUGCUGCAGUUCAAAUUGCAUUAGAAUCACCUUUUGAAAGUGCCAGUCAAUCCAGAAAUAGGCUGUCAAAACGAUCACCCGUUGAAUUGGAUGGUGACAUCACAAAAUGUUACACAAUUAAAUUUAAUGUUGAUGGAGUCAAUUUGGCUUUACAAGUCGAUUCAACAAUGUCUGAUAUAGUUGUACCACUUCCUAGUUCAAGCAACGAUAUAGGUUUAGCUAUACAAAGUAUUUCAAGUGGGGAACCCGUUACUAUAAAGUACAAAGGCAAAGAGUAUAAUGGAGUUACAUCCACAGCCACUGUGACAAUUCCGGGUACUAGUAUAACUGACAUCAAUUUACCAGUAGUAGCAGCUGAAAGACAAUCGGCAGAUUCGGUUGGUAUUGGUGGAAAACUCGGUCAGGGAAUGUUUGGAUUUGCCUAUUCCUCGUUGUCAAAUCAUCACUCACAAACCACUGCAAUGGAUACUUUGUACAGCAAUAAUGUCAUUCCUAGAAACGAGAUUAGUAUUCAACUAUGUCCGUAUGAAAUGCUUUCAGAUAGCUUCAUUAAUAUAGGAAGUACGGAUAUAACUCCAAAAUGCGGAACGGAUGGAAGCAGUGUUGCAUGGGUAAGCUCACCAUCAAACGAUCGUCAUACUGUCAACAUCAAGAAUAUACUAGUCAAUGGCAAAAAAGUGAAGCUGCCCGAGGAAUUCCAAAAAAGGGUAAAAGACGGACGUACUUUGUACUCGAGUGUGGAAACAUGCUUUUUACAUAUGCGUUUUCCUAAAGCAGUCGUAAAAGCUUUGAUUGAUGCCAUUAUUAAUAGCGAUGGGAUCACUAUCAAAUAUAAUGGAUUUAGGAACAAUUAUCUUGACAAAAGAAUGAUUAAAAACAGAUUAAAAGAAAAUCGCUUAAUGGCCAGAUACAAGUAUGAUAUCGAUUGGAGUAGGAUGCCGUCGUUUACAAUUAUAAUGUUUGCUGAAAACCCCGUAACUGAUGACAAUCGCGAUUCAGUUGUAGAGAUCAGACUGGGUCCUCGAGACUAUAUGCAGAGAGUCAGUAUUAGAAAUUCUGAAAAAUUUUGGUUUACUGUAACAGCUGGUUCAAAUGAUUAUGCAGUUCUUGGUAUGUCAUUUAUGACCCGACUUAAAUUGACAUUUGAUCGAACACAUAAACGCAUUGGAUUUGGUCCUGGAUGUGGAUGCGAAACUGCAACUAAUGAAUAUCCUACUAUCUCAAAUGAUGAUCAGGUGCUCUGGCCAUUAACACAAUUAAUACUGAUUAUGAAUUUGAUGCAUGCUGUUAGAUUGCCUGAAGAACCAAGUACUUCAAUUCCAGAUCUCGCAUCCACUCUUAGGAGAUCAUUUUCGCGAUUUGGUAGUACUAUCCGUGAUAGUAGGCGGCCAAAAAUGGACUACGAUCAACUUGAUGGCUAA